AUGGCUAAAAUAGCAAAAACUAAGCCUUCCUUGGUUACUCCGACUAAUCACCAAGUCCUCGCCAAAGCCUAUGACCUCAUUAUUGCUGAUUUAUUUACUAAGUUAAAAAAGAUGCAAGAAGGAGUGAUUAAGUUAGGAGCCUUAGGAACUCUCCAUAAAAAGCACCGCCUCAUCCGCAGUGCCCUAAAUGGCAAAACUUAUACUUACUACCAAUGGCUGCCGCUUGCCUUGGUCUCUACUUCUAUGCCACUAACUAAUAUGAACCAUCAAUCUUUAAAUAACAAUCAGCAAAGUCAAGAGCAAAUGACAACCGGACAAAAAAUCCCACAAAUGAGUGGCACAAUUGGCGAAAUUCAGCAAGGUAUUCAGAAUAUUCAAAUCAACUUAGGGCAAAUUAUUCAGAACCAGCAAAGUUUAGACCAACGAUUAACCGCCUUAGAAA